UAAUCAAUGAUGGCUUCAUCCUCAUCAAAGAAAAUCAGUGUGAAGUGCUCUGAUGGCAUGGUGUUGGAGGUGGACGAAACUUUGGUGAAUGCUUCUCCUACCAUGAAGUGCUUGGUGGAAGAAAAGUGUGGUGAAAGUAACAUUGUCAUCACCUUGCCAAACAUCUCCAGCAAAAUCUUGUCUAAGAUCAUUGAGUUUCUCAAGGUUGACUUGGAAAGUGAUGCGACUUUCAAUGAUGUUGGUGUUCAAUCUGUUGAUGUUGAUAGUAAGGCCCCUGAGAGUCUUACAAGUUUCAAUAACUUGAAACUAGAGUUCAUAAAAUUUGAUGCAAACACACUUCUAUACCUUGUCACGGCAACUCAUUAUCUCAAAAUUGAGAAAAUUUAUCAUUUGGGAUGCGUAGAAGCUGUGAGAAGAAUUAGGGAAAAUGCUGCGAAAUAGAUCUGCCAAAUUUUCAAGAUCAAUAAUGAUUUCACUCCUAAGAAAGAAGAGAAGAAUAAGAGAUUAUUGUUACCAUGUUUUUUUUAAGUUAUGUUUAACUAUCCAUCUUUCUGUAGCAAUGUGGAUAGUUAUGAUGUAUUUAGAGGACAAUCUUGCUAUAGAUCAAACUAAUAAAAUCCUCUAAACUCCUAUUGAUAUAUCAUAAUAAAAGAAUGCAUC